UUUCAGCCAACCCGGAGUUACGUUAUAAAAAUGAAGUUGAUUUCAGCACUUCACACUCAACUCAAAAAUCUAAGCAAGGAAAAUCAUUAGAUUCCGCUUCUCUGUGGCGAGGAACAAUCAACGAUGGCAUCAGAUCCGAAAUCUCACACAUUUGAGGAAGUCGCCAAGCACAAUAAGACUAAGGAUUGCUGGCUGAUUAUCAGCGGAAAGGUUUAUGAUGUGACCCCAUUCAUGGAGGAUCAUCCCGGAGGUGAUGAAGUUCUGCUAUCGGCCACUGGAAAAGACGCAACCAACGACUUUGAAGAUGUUGGGCACAGUGAUUCUGCUCGGGAGAUGAUGGACCAGUACUUGAUCGGGGAGAUAGACAUGGCAACGGUUCCCCUGAAACGAAGCUACGUUCCUCCAGAGCAACCAUCGUACAAUCCAGACAAGACUCCAGAGUUUGUGAUCAAGAUCCUGCAGUUUCUCGUGCCUCUCCUGAUAUUGGGACUGGCGUUUGCUGUCCGAGUCUACACCAAAGAGAAAUGAGGGGUUCGAAUUGCGGAUUUGCAUUGCAGCUGUUGGUUAAAUUUCCUAAUUUUGAUUGUCUGUAGAACUAGUUCAUGCUGGAUUCGAGAUGAGAUUAUCAGGUUGGACUGCUAUGUUGUAAGACUAUUGCUUUGUGUUGUUUGUGGAAAACGGCUCUUAAAGGCUUUAUGCUCAA